AAUUUUUAACAUUUGGUAUCAGAGCCUAUUCCUGAAAAAUUCCAUGGCUUCCAAAAAUUAUGUCCAGCCCUCAAUCCCUUGUUUUGAUGGUCAUCACUACGACCAUUGGAGUAUGUUGAUGGAGAAUUUUCUCCGGUCCAAAGAGUAUUGGACCAUUGUUGAAGUUGGAGUUCCAAAACCAGCGGCAGGUGCAAAUGAAGCACAGAGGGCAGAAAUUGAGAAGGAAAAAUUGAAGGAUCUCAAGGCUAAGAACUAUUUGUUCCAAGCCAUAGAUCGGAAUAUCUUGGAGACAAUUCUUAACAAGUCUACUUCCAAGAAUAUUUGGGAUUCCAUGAAGAAGAAGGCUGUAGGUCGAGGAAAAGAAAUAUGGAAAGGCAGACCAAGAUCUGGCAGACCGAAAUCUGAUAGAUUGGAGGAAGGUUCAGCCACUGGAAUUCAGAAGAGGUGGCAGAACAGAAAUUAUCAAGCUGCAGAUAACAGAUCCAAAUCUGCAAGAAAGGCAAAUAUUGAAUGCUUCAGAUGUCAUAAGUAUGGCCAUUAUCGUUCUGAGUGCCGUGCUAAUCUGAAUAGAGGAGAAAGUUCCAAUUUUGCAGAACACAAUGAGAAGAAUGACGAUUCCUCUCUAUUCGUGGUCUGUCAUCCUAAAGAAGUCAGCAAGAAGAAUGUGUGGUAUCUGGAUACUGGUUGCAGCAAUCACAUGUGUGGAGACAAAUCUGUGUUUUUAGAUUUGGAUGAGUCUUGUCAAGACAAGGUGAAAUUUGGUGAUAAUUCCACUAUUGCAGUCAAGGGAAGGGGAAAGGUCAAGAUGACGGGAAAUAGGUUGUUUCCAUUAUACUUGCAGACCACAAAUCUGUCAUGUUUAUCUGCUAGAUUAAAGGACACAGCUUGGUUAUGGCAUUGCCGAUUUGGACAUCUUUAUUUUGGUGGGUUGAAAGCUUUGCAGCAAAAGAAGAUGGUAAAUGGUCUUCCUCAUUUUGAUUCUCCUUCAGAAAUUUGUGAAAUCUGCGUGGUCAGUAAACAGUACCGUGACAGCUUUCCUAAAGAUAGAUCUUGGAGAGCAAAGCAGGUGCUAGAUCUGGUUCAUUCGAAUCUGUGUGGACCCAUAAAUCCAACAUCCAAUAGAGAAGCCUUAGCAGCUUUUAAAAAUUUCAAAGUCUUGGCUGAGAAUGAGGUUGGCAGAUUUGUAAAGGUUCUGCGGACAGAUCAUGGUGGUGAGUUUAAUUCAAAGGAAUUUGCAGAUUUUUGUGAGUCCCAUGGCAUUAAAAGGCAACUCACAACAGCCUAUACACCUCAGCAGAAUGGUGUAUGUGAGAGGAGGAAUCGCACAAUCAUGAAUAUGGUGCGAAGUCUGAUGACAAAGAGCGGCUUGCCUAAGGAGUUUUGGCCAGAAGCUGUUAAUUGGAGUGUUCAUAUCUUGAACAGAAGUCCCACAUCUCCACUUCCAGAUUUGACGCCAAAAGAGGCUUGGAGUGGACGUAGACCUGGUGUUGAUUACUUCAGAAUUUUUGGGUGCAUAGCAUAUGCACAUGUGCAAGAUCAGAAAAGGAGUAAGCUUGAUGACAAAGGGGAAAAGUGUAUUUUCCUUAGUGUUAGUGAUCAAUCCAAAGCUUACAGAUUAUACAAUCUUUUAACCAAGAAGGUCAUCAUUAGUCAUGAUGUAGUGUUUGAUGAAGCAAGCACUUGGUCUUGGACAGAAAAAUCUAAGCAACAAAUUCUUGCAGAUUUCGAAAAUGGAGAAGAUCUGACUAUGCAGAACUCAGAAGGUCAAACUUCAACAGAUCUCGAGGUUUCAAGACAGACAGCUGAAGAAAAUCUGCCUACAGAAGUAGAGCUCAGUAUUGGAGGAAGUCUGCCAACAACACCAGAACUAGAAUUUGGAACUAGUUCCAGACCUCAACACAAAAAAAGAAGACCAGCAUGGUUGGAAGAUUAUGAGAAGCUGUUAAAGAAGAAAAGUGGCAAAAAGCGGCAAAAAGCCAUGGCAGAAGAAAUUGGUUCUAUUGAAAGGAACCAGACUUGGGAGUUGACAGAUCUUCUAGAAGGGCACAAAACAAUUGGUGUUAAGUGGAUAUACAAGACAAAGCUUAAAGAGAAUGGGGCAGUUGACAAAUUCAAAGCUCACUUGGUGGCAAAGGGUUACAAGCAAGAGUUUGGCAUUGAUUAUCAAGAAGUUUUUGCUCCAGUUGCAAGGAUGGAUACCAUCAGAUUGGUGAUUGCAUUGGCAGCACAGAACUCAUGGCCGAUCUAUCAGCUUGAUGUGAAAUCUGCCUUCUUGCAUGGAAAUUUGCAAGAACAGGUAUUUAUUGAUCAACCUCCUGGUUAUGUAAAAUUUGGUUCUGAGCAUAAGGUUUACAAAUUGAAGAAAGCAUUAUAUGGACUAAAACAAGCACCUAGAGCUUGGUAUAGUCGAAUUGAUGCUUAUUUUUUAAAGGAAGGUGUAAAGCUCGUGAAAGAUCCAGGAGGUAGAUCUGUGGACAGCAAAUUGUAUAAGCAGAUUGUUGAAAGUCUGAUGUAUCUGACAGCAACAAGACUAGAUAUAAUGCAUGGUGUAAGUCUGAUUAGCAGAUAUAUGGAGCAUCCAAAGGAGUUGCACUUGCAAACUGCUAAAAGAAUUCUCAGGUAUUUAUAUGGAACUGUAGAUUUUGGGCUAUUCUACAAGAAGGGUGACCAGACAGAUCUCGGAGGCUUUACAAACAAUGAUUAUGUUGGAGAUCUUGAUGACAGAAAAAGCACUUCUGGGUUUGUUUUUAUGUUGGGAUCUGGUGCAAUUUCAUGGUCUUCAAAGAAGCAGCCCAUUGUGACUUUGUCCACAACAGAAGCGGAAUAUGUGGCAGCAACUUCUUGUGCUUAUCAAGCUAUUUGGUUGAGAAGAAUUAUGGAAGAACUUGAGCUGAAUCAACAUGAGGCCACUUCAAUUUAUUGUGAUAACAGUUCAGCUAUCAAGCUUUCUAAAAAUCCAGUUUUGCAUGGGAGAAGCAAGCAUAUACAUGUGAGGUAUCAUUUCUUACACAACUUGGUAGAAGAUGGAACAAUUGAGUUGAUUUAUUGCAGAACAAAAGAUCAAGUGGCUGAUAUAUUCACAAAACCCCUCAAAGCAACAGUUUUUUUAAAACUGAGAGAGUUACUUGGUGUUUGCAGCAUGCAGAAUUCAGUUUGAGGGAGGGUUUGCAGAUUCCAGAUUGCAAAUCUACAUUUAUGGUAUUAUCCAUAUUUCUUUAAACUAAAGUCUGAAGAUUUUCAGUUUAAGGGAGGGAUUGUUGGAAAUUAGAUCCUAUUAUUUAGCCAUUAUCUUUAUAUUUUAAGAAGUUUAAGUUAUUUAUUUGUUUUAGGUUGUUAUCAUUUAAAUUAGAUUAAAUAAGAUUGGCUAGUUAUCUUUUUAGAUAAUAUUAUCUUGUAAUGCCUAUUUAAAGGCUGAAUUAUUUUCAGUUUAAUAAAAGAUUCAGUUUUUC